CCGGAGCCAGUCCAGACUGGGUGCCUGAGAUGCGCUGGCACGCGCAUUCCAGCGGCUGCGGGGAAUCCACCUUUUCUCUCUUUUCCUUGGGAUCCCUUUGUUCCUCUGGCGUUUGUCUUCUCCGACCGAUUCCUCUGGACGCGUUCCGGGGCCUUGAUCGACACGAGCUUGGGUCGUGUUGGGUGAUGCGUCCAUAUUACAACGGGCUGGUUCCUUCUUGCCGCACGUUUGUUUUCCUUUUGGUUUUAUCGCGCCUCUCCCUUUCCCAUACACCUACCUUCAGAACCAUCCUGAUUCACUGUUCGAGUCUACAGCCUUGGGUCAAGUCUAGUUGGCCACUGUUAAAGGACAAGAAAACAAUACCAAGUCCAUAUCACCAUCCUCUCCGACCUGCUUGUCAUGACCGACCAUCCGAUGCAGACCGCGGAAUCGCGCGGAUCCUGCAACAUCCUCCGCAGCCGAUCGCUCGAGAGCACCUGCGUCUUCCGGCGCUUUUCGCAGUGGCUCUGGUCCAGCUGGACCGCCGUGCCCUCCGAAUCGCAGUCCACCGUCCAGAAUGCUGCUCGACGGGGAAAUGACCCAAACUACAGUCUGGCGCCUGGCAAGCCCGCUGGCGACACGACGCCGCGUUACAUCCCCAACGAUGAACCCCCGCAGGAACAAAUCGCCGAGCGGGAGAAUUAUCCCUGCAAGGCCUGCCAAGCGUGGGGAGUGACAUGCGAUCGCCAGCGACCGCGAUGCGCCCACUGUCUCGACCAGCAAAUCCUGUGCUUCUACGUGGCCCCCUUGCCGAAGACCAUCCGGCGGCCCAAGCAACCUGCAUCGUCGCAUCCGACGCGACCGAGAGCGUCGGUCGGGGCGAGCGGAUGAGUAGAUGAUCGAAUCGCGAUGAUCGCGAUUGAGCUCGGGUAUCGUCGCGCUAUGCCAGGGCCCUCCCCGGAUGGCGUCAUGAACGGCCGCUGGUGGCUUUUCUCCUCGUCAUUUUCUACCUGCACAUAUUUCUUCUUUGCUAGCUUAGAAGCGACUAAUCACGGGGUGUUUGAUUUUGGUGGCGACUGCGUUGCUCUUUUGUAAAUGUCCCAAUCGCUUCCACUUAUUACAUGGCUCUCUCCAUGUUGGGUAAAUUGUCGGUUAGAAGCCUUGACGACAGGCAGAACUGUGACUCAACUAUCCACAAGCCAUUUCUAGAU